CCUGGAUUGACCUGCUCCUGAACAGCAAGGGAGCAUCAGGCAGCAUGACCUCAACGCGAUGGAUACUGGCUGUCUGCUUUUCACUGGCCUUAGUUUUACAGACAAGUGAAUCCAUUACAACAACAGAAACUCAGAAAUACACUUGCAUGACAUUCGGCAGCGGGGUCGUCCAGCCUUUCAACGGCUCUAUUUUCUACGUGCGAUCCAAUUGCCCUUUCACCCUCACCCGCUUCACCCACAACCGGGUAGAAUGUGACAUCGUGAUACGCCGCGGGGACAAUGGGCUGAUGGUUCAAGUUGAGAUCAUCAUCAACAAAGUCAGAACCGAACUUAUGCUGAAUAGAAGUAUCCUGGUGGAGAAGACAAGCGUUUCCCUUCCGUACGAUCACACCUAUCAGCACAUUUUUCACUACGGCAUCUACACCAGACUGAAGAGCUCGCUGCUUCCUCUGUCUGUCACCUGGCACAGUGUACCAGGAGGGAUAGACACUCUGUGGGUGGAGCUGAAUCAGGAGCUGAAUACUGACAUGACUGGACUGUGUGGAAAACACAACGUGGCAGGAACCAAGCAGCAGUUGAUUACAAACAGUGUGUUGACUGAAGAAACAUGUCAAACACUAGAUCCUGUCUCUGCCGUGAAUUACGUAUGCAGAGAGUUCUUUUCCUAUGCCUCAGCUUGUCUGAAAUCCAUGUGGCCUUACUAUAUGCAACUCUGUGAGGAGAACAUUUACGGCUACGAACAAAGCCAAUACAUUGGCUGUACUUUCUUCAAAGAAGUUGUACAGGAAUGCGGAAGUAACAGUCGUGUCUGGCCUGUGUGGAGACAUCUAACCCAAUGUGUCCCUCCGAGUUGUCCAGGAGAACUGAUGUAUAAUGACAUCGGUCCUGCCUUCAUCCCCAGCUGCUCCAACCCAAACCCUACAUCUUCCAACCAGGAUCUCACCCAGACUUGCAUGUGCCCAGAGGGUAAGGUGCUUAAUGAUCAUGCAGAUGGUUUCAGUUGCAUUGAUGUGGCCAACUGCCCCUGUGUGUUGGCUGGCAGGAGUUACUCAGCUGGGGAUACAAGUAGCACCAAGUGUCAGUCAUGUCUGUGUGAUAGUGGGAGGUGGCAUUGCUCUGAAAAAUUAUGCCCUGUGAAAUGUCUCGUUGAAGGGCAGUUUGUGACAACAUUCGACGGCAAACAAUAUGCUGUCCCUGGUAAAUGUACAUAUGUGACCUCAAAGGGUCUCAACUGGUCAAUAACAAUGAAAUAUUCAGAAAAGGCGCCCUCUGUGAAAACAGUUGAUCUCCAACUUUUCAAGGAAACAUACACCUUCACAGACAACAUGGUUAAAUUCGGAGACAAGGCAAUUACUGAACUUCAUCAGUCUGAUCAUGCCCUGGUGUUCUGGCAGUCCUCCAUGUAUGUCCGGGUGCACACAUACUUUGGUUUGGAGAUCCUAGUCCAGAUGUCUCCUGAAAUCCAGCUUGACAUCACCCCACCUGGAAACCACAUUGGCACUAUCUCAGGUCUUUGUGGCAACAGCAACAAUGACACCACAGACGACUUCACCACCAGCAGCGGGAUCAUUGAGAAUUCGGCUCAACCUUUUGCUGUGUCAUGGAGUGUGGGUGUUUGUGGAGUGGAUAUACCCCCCACCUGCAUCAACACAGACAAUGAAAUAUUUGCAGAAGAAAAGUGCGAUGUGUUGAAUGAUCCAAGUGGGGUAUUUUCUAAUUGCCACGGUCACAUCCCAACUGAUCAAUACCACAUGACUUGCAUCCAAAGAACCUGUAACUGCGAUGGAAAUCUGCAGCAGUGUCUGUGUGUUGCUUUGGCCAGCUACGCUAAAGCCUGUGCCCAUCUGGGUGUGGAAGUUGGUGACUGGAGAAAGGCUACUGACUGCACUCCUAUGUGUCCAAAGAACCAAAAGUUCUACUACAACUUGCCUGCCUGCAACCGAACAUGCCGUUACGUGUCUGAUUCAGACCCUCGAUGUGGGCUGGAUGAUACUUUUGUGGAGGGCUGCGGCUGUCCAGAAGGCACUUACCUGAACAAAGGGAUCAUCUGUACCCCAAAGGCAGAGUGCCAGUGUCACUACACAGGUGGAGCAGCGCCACCUGGGGCUGUUGUUAUCGAUGGACAACAGUGCAUCUGUGAGAAUGGAAAACUGACUUGCUCCAAGGACUGUGGUUGCAGCAAUGGGAUGGUUUGUGUUCACUGCUCACAGCGCUCAGUUAACACAGCUCAGAAAACUUGUGACAGUCUGAGUAAACCACAGGAUGCCAGUAUGACCUGUGAGAGUGGCUGUUACUGCCCAGAUAACUACUAUAAAGAUCACCAUGGAAAUUGUGUUCAUUCAGACAACUGCACCUGCAUCUACAGUGGCAAAGUAUUCAGUGCGGGACAGAGUGUCAAAACCAACUGUAAAACAUGUACCUGUAGUCAGGGUCAGUGGCAAUGCACUAAGCAACCAUGUCCUGGGAAGUGUCAGGUAUAUGGAAACGGACACUACGAGACCUUCGACUACAAAUGGUACCGCUUUGAUGGACACUGUCAAUACACACUUGUAGAGGAUGGCUGUGGACGUGGAAAUGGUACCUUCUCUAUCAGAGUAGAGAGUGUACCCUGCUGUGAUGAAGCUCUGACCUGCUCACGCGCCGUCGUCCUCAACCUGCAGGACGAGGUCACCCUGACACUGAGCGACAUGAGGGUGACCAGACUCCAUAAAGGCUGGUCUCUGCAGGAAGUUCCGCUAUACACUACACACACAGUGGGGCUCUACAUUAUAAUCUCAGUGCCAAGCAGAGGGAUAACUCUCAUCUGGGACAAACACACUCGGAUAACAAUAAAGCUGAGUGAAGACUGGAGGAACCGAGUGUGUGGCCUGUGUGGGAAUUUUGACUCCAAUGAGAUGAAUGACUUACAAAUGAGUGGCUCAACAGUGGUGUCCAGUCCCUUGGCCUUUGGCAACAGCUGGAAGGCCACCUCACCCCCCUGCUCUGAUGUGACCACUGAGAUAUUUCCAUGUGAACGCAAUUCCUACUGCUUGGCCUGGGCCCAGCGGCGCUGUAUGAUCCUUACAGGAGACACCUUCAAAGACUGUCAACUCAAAGUGGACCCAGAACCAUACUACCACGCCUGUGUACAAGAGUCCUGCUCCUGCCAGUUUGAGGGGAAGUUCUUGGGGUUCUGCACAGCUGUGGCAGCCUAUGCAGAGGCCUGCAGUGAGCACGAUGUUUGUGUAAAAUGGAGAACACCGGAUUUGUGUCCUGUCUACUGUGACUACUACAAUGAGCAAGGCCAGUGUAGCUGGCACUAUGAAGCCUGUGGUGAGAUACAAACGUGCAGCAAAGGCUACCAUUUCACUUACAAGUUGGAAGGCUGCUACCCAAGAUGUCCAAAAGAAGCACCAUACUAUGAUGAAAAUACUGGUGAAUGUACCAAAUUAAGAAACUGCACCUGUUAUUUUAAUGACACUGUAAUUUGGCCUGGGACAGUGGUGAUGAUUCAGUCUAAUAAGUGUUCCUGUGAAAAUGGAAUUAUUAAUUGCCCACCUACAAAAUCCACACCUACUACAGUUAGUUUCACCACCUCUACACCGACAACUUUCUCAACUACCACUAAAACAUGGUCGACGAUGCCUUCUACAACCUCUACAUUAACGACUUCAACACCGUUAACUACAACUGCAACCAGGUCCACAAAGCCUUCCACCACCUCUACACCAAAGACAACCAUUACCAAUGUCUCAACUACCACUGAAAAUGUGUCAACAAUGCCUUCCACCACCUCAACACUAACAUCAACUCACUUAACUACAACUGCGACAUUGUCCACAACGCCUUCCACUAGCUCUCCACCAGUGACAACCACUACCAAUGUCUCAGGUACCACUGAAAAUUCGUCAACGACGCCUUCCACCACCUCUACACCCAUGACAACCAUUACCAAUGUCUCAACUACCACUGAAAAUUCGUCAACAACGCCUCCCAGCACCUCUACACUAACAACAUCAACUCACUCAACUACAACUGCGACAUUGUCCACAAUGCCUUCCACCAGCUCUCCACCAGUGACAACCACUAUCAAUGUCUCAGGUACCACUGAAUAUUCGUCAACGAUGCCUUCCACCACCUCUACACCCAUGACAACCAUUACCAAUGUCUCAACUACCACUGAAAAUUCGUCAACAACGCCUCCCAGCACCUCUACACUAACAACAUCAACUCACUCAACUACAACUGCAACAUUGUCCACAACACCUUCCACCAGCUCUCCACCAGUGACAACCACUACCAAUGUCUCAGGUACCACUGAAAAUUCGUCAACGACGCCUUCCACCACCUCUACACCCAUGACAACCAUUACCAAUGUCUCAAGUAUCACUGAAAGUUGGUCAACAAUGCCUUCUACCACCUCUACACCAAUGACAACCAUUACCAAUGUCUCAAGUAUCACUGAAAGUUGGUCAACAAUGCCUUCCACCACCUCUGCACCAAUGACAACCAUUACCAAUGUCUCAGGUAUCACUGAAAGUUGGUCAACAAUGCCUUCCACCAGCUCUACACUAAUAACAUCAACUCACUCAACUCCAACUGCAACAUUGUCCACAACACCUCCCACCACCAUCCCAAGAGGGUGUUUUAACCUGAAGGGAAAUCAAACAUGGGCUCACGGUGAGAGUUGGACAGAAGACUGCUUCAAGAAGACCUGUAAUAAUGGAAUCAUAGAGUUGACUCCAUUGGUUUGUCCAGAGCCUGUAAUGCCCAAUUGUCCUAGAGGGGUGGUCUCAAAGGUCUCAGAUGGUUGCUGUGACACUUGGAAGUGUAACUGUCACUGUGAGCUAUAUGGAGACCCCCACUACAUAUCUUUUCAAGGUGUGGAAUUUGAUUUCCUGGACUACUGCACCUACAUCCUGAUGGAGGAGCAGUCUCCACAUUAUCAACUGACUAUUGCUGUGGACAACUUUGAUUGUGACAUGCCUGGAUCCUGUGCUAAAGGCAUCAUCAUGAAUUAUCAGAAUAGUACAGCAACACUCAGAAUCAUCCCACAUUUCAAAGCAGUACAGGCCACUCUGAACAGUGUGACCAUACAGCCACCAUAUGAGGCGCAUGGAUUGAGGUUUGAGACUACAGACUACAUAGUGUCAAUCUACCUCCCAGAGUUGCGCUCUUACGUCUCCCUCAGUCCAUAUUAUGUCUUGGAGGUCAGUCUGGCUAUGGAGCACUUUGUUAACAACACCCAGGGACAAUGUGGUGUAUGUGGCGGUGAAUCGUGUAUCCGUAGAGGAGGGCAGGUUGAAGAUGACAGCUGCUGUGACAAGACAGCCUAUGACUGGGUGUAUACAGACCCAGGGAAGCCAGCUUGUGCUUCUGCAUCAAGGGACAUACCCUGCCACCCAGAGCCCACUACAUCAUCCCCUUACAACCCAGAGUCCACUACAUCACCCACUUUCAACACUUUCAACCCCUCCAACCCCCCCAACCCCCCCAACCCCUCCAACCCCUCUCCGUCACCCGUGAGCCAACUGUGUGAGCUGCUCUUACACUCAGUCUUUGGAAACUGCAGCCAGUAUGUGGAUCUGUUAUCUAUUAAGAAGAACUGCGAGUUUGAUUCCAGGAAGGACAAAAGUACAGCUUGUUCUUCUCUGGAGCAAGCUGCUAAAAAAUGCAAGAUUGAUCACUGGAGAGAAUUAACUAAUGGAACCUGUAAUGUGACGUGUCCAGAAGGAUUGGUUUACAUUGAAUACCGCAACAAGCUGGAUGACUUCUGCUAUGGAGGGGUACGUCAAACCGGAGCCUCCCUGGAGUCCGACCGUUCAGGGUGUUUCUGUCCCAGUGGCCGGUUCAGGGCAGGAAAUCACUCAGACACCUGUGUGGAUGACUGUCAGUUUUGUAAAGGACCACUUGGUGAGCACAAACUGCCCGGUGAGAUGUGGGAGUCCAACUGUCAUAUUUGUACAUGCAACAACCAGACUCGGACAGAAAAGUGUCAUCCAAAACCAACCCCUACUUGUGGCCCUAAUGCUGUAUUGGUGAAGACCUCUUGCUGUGAUACGACUUGUGUUGAGAAGACAUGCAGUUAUGAUGGGAAGACAUACAAGGUGGGAGACACAUGGGAAGAUGCUGCUCAUCCAUGCUUAUUGUUCACCUGUGGAGACGGGGGUAUUCAGGCUAAGGAAAACAGGAUUUCAGAUGACCAACACUGCAGCUUUACAUGUAACCAAAGCUGUGUUCCCACGAUGUCCACUAUCAACAUCACCAUAGACAAUUGUACCACCAGCAUGAAGAUGCCUGUGUGUCAGGGCCAGUGUGUGUCUCAAUCCGGGGGUAUUUUAAAUGGUGUCCUGCAGGUGGAGCCGAAGUGCAGGAGCUGUCAGACGCGGAGCUCAGAGACUAGAUCAGUGACCCUGCAAUGCUCAGACCUGACUACCAGACAGUACGACUACAAGCAUAUCACCAGGUGUGAGUGCAGAGCUUGUGCCAUAAAGCCCUGGUACUGAAACUACAGAGCAGAGAACACCUCUGCGUUGUUCAUUAUCAACAAUUUUGCACGCAUUUAAAUGUUAACCAAAUCAACAGUGAUCACAUUCACAUUGAAAGGAUUAUUAUAUAACUUGCAUUGAACUUCAUUCUUGAUUUAUUGAAAUUACUAUUGCAUUCUGUAUGAAUUACGUUUCAAAUAAAGUGAAUCAUUUACUAACCUAUUAAACUCCCCAAGGACA